AUGCGAAAAGCAAAAAAAAUUACACAGAACAUAACUUUCAAUAAGACUCCAUGUAUUCAUCUUCACACGGUCAUGUCUCGAGCCGAUUACCUUUCCAAGUACCUAAAUGGCUCUAAUGAUACAAAAAGAAAGGAAAAAAGGAAGAAAAAGAAAGAAGUCCCUGUGCAAACUUCUAAUAUAACAAUUUCCAAAUCAAGACAGUACCUACCUACACCCAGCCACGAUGAUCAAAUCCUACUUGAUGAAAUCAAUGACAAUGACGAGUCCAAGCCCAUCAUAGUGGAGAACAUAAAGGAGGAUAAAGGUUUCAAACGAAUAGAUAAUAAACCACUGGUCAAACCAUCCCCACAAGAACAACAAGUAUCCUCGGUAAAACCAACGACAACCUCACAAUCCAACACGGUUUAUCGUGACGCAUCUGGUCGAAUAAUUGACAUAAAAAAAGCUAAGCUGAAUUUUGAAAAACGGAAACAACAAAACCAAGAGCAACGACAACGAAUAGAAGUGCGUACUUCUGCUCAAGAUCAACAUCAACAAGAAUCAGUCGAAUUUAAACCUAAACUCAAUGACAAUUUCGAGGACCCACUAAACAUAUUCCAAGAUAACGUUUCAAAAGAAAAACAAGAGUAUGAAGAUAAGCUGCGGUCUCAAUUUACUUACAAUAGAGGUGUUAACCCACGUAAUCGAUUUGAUAUACCCGCUGGCUAUUUCUGGGAUGGAAUUGAUCGAUCUAAUGGGUUUGAAGAGCUAAUCUUGAGAAAGAUUAAUGAAAAGAGCUAUACAAAGAUGGAAGGGAGGUUUAAUCAAGAUUACGAUUUGGAUUUUGACGAUGACUAG